GAAGGUGGAGAGAGCAGCUAAAACCCAGCUUCAACCAGCAGCGAGCUGGGGAAAAAGGGGGCUGGGUCGAGCUGCCUCCUCUCCCGAAAAGAUCUGCCUAAUCAAAGGGAGAACGGAGCACGGGGUUGGUUGUUUUUAAUUUUCUAAACCCCAGGGUGGCCCCCAGCCAAGGCCUCCUGGCGAUGGAGGGGAUAAAGUUCCCUGAGCCUCCGCUCGCUUGCCGGUGCUCUGAACUUUGCCUUUAAGCUUGCAUGGCUGCAUCCACGCCAGGAUCCCACCAACAGAUGCUUUAGACCCAGCUUAGCAAGGCUACGUUUCUCCCAAGACCCCCGUCAAGCCGAGCCUCUGGGUGCCUUGAAGGAAGGUCGCUGGUUGGAAGAAGAUAAAAGCUGGAUCCUUGGAGGCACCGCUGGAUUUUGAAAUCUCCCAGUCACCCCCAGCUGUGGGAUUGACCUGAGAAGAUAAAGCCUCUUCCUCAUCUGCAUCCAUCUCUGCAUUUCCAAGAAUCCAGGAGGGCUCACCUUGGGAAAGCCUGGUUGCUUGCUGCCUUCUCGCCAUCUCUCUGGAGCCCACGGAGGGAGGAAGGAGAUGGCCAUGGCAGCCAACAGCUCUGGUGGGAUGCACAAUGCGCCGCUGGACAACAGCUUUUUCGUUGAUGAUGAUCUCGCUUCUGACUGGUACAUCUAUGAAACCAUGGAGCCGGCUGCGCCACAGGAUGACAUGUUUCCCAGCGUAAUCCUAGACUGCGACCCCACCAUUUCUCCCAGACUGUAUCACAUCUGCAUGGCACCCACCUCUCUGGCUGUGCUCGUGGGCUUGUCCUUGCUGGUGAAACGCAGGCGUCUCUACCAAAGCUGCUGGAACGGUGUCCCAGGACUGCUCAGUCCAGCCAACUUUCUGGAGGAGGAAGGGAACCGAGGGCUGGUGGCUGCAGUGUUUGGCAUAUUGUUCUCCUCCCUGUGUGUGCUGGUCUUGGACAAGGACCCUCUGCCGCUCAUCACUCACUCCUCCCAGAGCUCUCGGGAGUAUUGGAAGAUCCUGGCUUUGCUCUACUACCCUGCCUUCUACUACCCCCUGAUCGCCUGUGCCACCGUCCGGCACAGGGUCAGCUACCUCCUGGGCUGCCUGCUCUCCUGGUGCCACUGCGUGAUCCACAUCUGGCAGAAGGUGGAUUGUCCCCAGUCACCGAAGAUAUACAGGUACUACUCCACGCUCUCUUACAUCCCCAUCAUCCUCUGCCUUGUGCUCUUAAGCCUUUGGUAUCCAGCCCUGUUCAUCAGGAGCUUCACCAGGCAGGAAGAGACCUUGGAUAAAGAGGUUACAGGAAGAGGUUAUUACAAGAAGUACCUAAAGGCUGUCCUGUCCAAACGCUCUCAGAAGGGGAGCUCCACAAAGAUAGAAGAGAGCCUACUCUCAAGGGUCCAGACCUAUUUGCGCUCCUACGUCUACACUCCCGAGGAAGGUUUCCGGAUCCCGCUGAAGCUCGUCCUGUCCAUAACCAUGGCUGUGGUUGCUGUCUACCAGGUUGCCCUGCUGCUCCUGGUAGCCGUCAUCCCCACCAUCCAGAUUGUGCGGGCAGGAAUGACGAAGGAUGUUGUGGUAUUGUUGGUCCAGUUUGGCUUGGUGCCCUCAGAGAAUCCGUCUGUCCCGGGUGACAUGGAGAAGGAGCUCAACACCGUCAAAUUCUACCUGUGGUCCCUGGAAGUCUGCUACAUCUGCUCGCUGGUGCUCUGCUGCCUGCUGACCUGCGCCAUGCUGCUGAGGACGCUGGUGAUGCACAGGAACAACCUGAAGGCGCUCUACCAAGGGGCCGUCCUGGAUGUUUUCUACAAAGCCCAUAUCCUCCGCCCAUCCCGACAAGCCAUCGUCUGCUGGAUGAGCUUUGCCAGCUUCCAAACAGCUUUUGCCUGUCUAGGUCUUCUCAUCCAGCAAGUGAUUUUCUUCAUCUGCUCAGUGGCAUUUGCCUUCCUCCUUGUCAUCCCGCUCCAGACCGGCACAAACUCGUACCUCUUCAAAAUCAUUCAGAACAUGUGGCCUUUCUGGUUGACCUUGGUUGUCGCUGUCAUUGUGCAACAUUUAGCAGCUCACUACCAAUUCCUGGAGCAGCAUCCCCUGCGGAAGGAGCUCACCAACAGGCGAGCUCUCUACAUAGUCACCUACUUGCUCUUCCCCAUCAACGUCCUAGUGGGUGUCCUGGCUGGGGUGUGGAGGAUGGUCAUUUCUGGCCUUUAUAAUGCCAUCCACUUCUGCCAGCUGGAUAUCAGCCUGCUGAACCGUGGUGUGGAGACCUUCGAUCCAGGCUACCACGCUUACUGCCACUAUCUGAAAAUUGAGGUCAGCCAGUCGCACCCAGUGAUGAAAGCCUUCUGCUUGCUGCUCCUCCAGCUAGCCAAGCCAGAGGGGCCGACGGGGCUCCAGCCCAGCCAUGUGGAAGAAGGCAUCCAGCUGAUGCAGUCCAAGAAGACACCGCCAAGCAGAACGAGGUUCAAGCAGAGCCGAGCCCGGUGGUGGCUGGCCUACACCCUCCUCAACAACCCCUCACUGACUGCUUGCCGGAAAACCGCCCUCUCCGACCCCACGGCCAACGGCACCCAGCUCAGCCCCCCCAAGCCCUGACCUCCACAAAGCCUCCCACCUCUCUCUGCCUCCUACACACACUCCUAUCCCAUCCCCGUCUCCCACUGACACUCUUCCUGCUCUGGCGGGAAUUUUGGGCACCUCUUGUUCCUCUCCAGCCCCUGGUCCCUCUCCAGUGGUGAUGGGGGUUGAUUUUUAGUUCUAGGUCCAUGCUGGGCCACUACCAAGGUCCAAAGGUGAAGACACAGCCAAGGCAAAUGGAUCACUUCCAAGCCUGGCUUCAAUAGAGAGGCGUUGAUGAGCCAAGCUAAAGCCCUCAGGCAUCUCAGAAAUACCUUCUUAAGAGUCACUGCUGCAAUGAGCCCACCAGUUCUCAACGGUUGCCUUUCCCACGUGUGGCCAGGCAAACGAGUACCCAGCACCAGGGCAGUAAGCAAAGAGGGAGAAGGGGGUGGGGAGUGGGGUGUAGGGUGUAGGGAUCCUCAGCCAGACUGAGUAUGAGGAACUACCUGCAUGUCGGCAUGAUCUGCCUGCAGAGAAGGUCCCCACUGCCGAUCCCAUCCUAGCUUCUCCCUUUCAGGUCUGAUCCUGGCUCUCCUCAGGCAUUGCACCCAACCCUAGGACUUUUCUUUCCACAAUUUUGUGAAGGCUGAAAUCCCCAUCUACUCUGAGCCGUGAGGCUGCAGAGCCAUUUGUUUUCCUGUAACUGCUGUCCCCUUGGUGCCUCUUGCUGCCACCCUGUUUUGUGUAAAGCCAGUGGUUCCCCAGGGCCAGUGAGCUGAGCUCGAAUCCAUAGAAAGCAGUUUCACACCUCACUUGGACAUGCCAAGCCGGGGAAGGUUAAUAAACCACAUACCUCAUUCCUACACUUAGGGUGUGCUUGGUCUCUUGGCUGUUCCCAAAUAAGCCAGACCUGACAGGAAGGACAUGAGGACCAUUGUAGCUGUGUCUCUGGGUGAUGGUUGGGAGUGACCUUGCUCAGCAGAGGCUUUGACUUUACGUGAUAGGACCAAAGCUGUGAUCUCCCUCCCCACCUAUGUGAAGUUUUAAUGGAAAGCUGAUCAGAUUGGUUUCCCGUCAAAAUGUUUGGCCCCCAAAGCACAGUUCCCAUGAUGGAUGGGCACUGAAACAGGACAUUUUGUGGCUAAAGCACCAAAGAUAAAUCUAUAAGGUGUGUUGGAUCACUUCUUCCCAUGAUGCAUUCCUUGAAAAUCCUGUCUUCGGUGACUGGAAGGAUGACUGGCAUCAUCCCACCAUUGCAGACAGCAAGCACGGCUUCUGGGCCAUCUCCCCUGGUUUGAGCCAUCCUUGGAAGUGAGUGGACCUGCUGUUUGCAGGUUUCAAGGACCUUAUCCUCUUUUGCUGGAGUGCUUCUAUCUCUGUCGGUGUCAUUGAGGGGUGAGUGAGGUUGAGCCGCGUGCACUGGGGUUUGCCUGGAUUGUCCUGGCAUCUCCCCACAGCAUUGAAGCUCCCUGGGUGGGAGCCAUUCCUUUCCCAGGAGCCUGCCCUUUCCAUCCCAGUUAAGAGAAGUGGGGUUCCUGCCUUGCAGGCGCUGCCCAAACAGCCACCCAGCACGCUUGGAUGCUCAAAGCCCUGUCACAUCUGCUGCCCUGACCAGCACUGGUUUAAUCGUAUUUGAUUACUGUCUGGCGCAUAGUACAAUGUCACCAAACUGGGUGACGGUGGUGGCACCGGUGGCAGAUCUGGGUCAUUUUUCUUUUUAAAACAUCGGGAGCUCGAGGUGCGGUCCCUGCUGCUAUUUCCCAGCUCUGGGCUUUGCGUGCUUGUGUUGGCGUGUCUGAGCGCAGGAGAAAUGCAGUGCUGAUGGGUUCCGGGUGGAUAGGGUGAAGGGACGCCCUGAGGCAAAGGCUGCACUCUUCUCUGCAGCCCAUUCCAACCCAUCUGCAGCCGCCCAGACACUGGGGCUUUGACGGAAGCCUUGGGAACCCCUGAAAUCUUUCACAGCUCUGGGCCAUGGGUGGAGAUGGAUUUCAGCAUCUGUUGACACAGUCCUGCCUAAGGCUUCCUGGAGAUGUCUUGGCAGGUGUCAGGCUCUGGGACUGAGGCGAGAGAUGGCAGCCCUGGGAGGAAGACAGGAGGUGGCUUCGUUGAUUUUCUUGU